GGAUUCACAUUUAUUGAAUUGUUGUAUGGUGUUUGGACCAAUAGUCUAGGGCUCGUAUCCGACGGAUUUCAUAUGCUGUUUGACUGUUCAGCUCUUAUUAUGGGUCUUAGUGCAUCAUUAUUAGCCAGGCGAAAAGCAACUCGUACUUUUCCUUACGGUCUGAAUCUUACAGUUUCUGUAGCAGGCCUAGUAGUAAACUUGGUGGGAAUACUUGUGUUCCGUCAUGCCCACAGCCAUUCUCAUUCUCACAGUCACGGCCAUUCUCACCAUAAUCAUGACAAUGCAAACAUUGAAGGUGUCUUCUUACAUAUUCUUGCUGAUACUCUGGGCAGUGUUGGAGUCAUUGUUUCAUCUUUGUUAAUCCAGAAUUUUGGCUUCCUCAUAGCUGACCCCAUCUGCUCUCUUUUCAUUUCUGUGCUCAUUUUUCUAAGUGUUUUGCCUCUUCUGAAGCAUUCGGCACUGGUUUUACUUCUGAGUACUCCCACGAAGUUGGGAAAACCCAUUGUGGAUGCAUUAAACAGAGUAACAAACCUUGAGGGUGUGUUGUCGUACAGAAACCAUCAUUUCUGGCAACAUUCUGCUGACUUAAAAGUAGGGAGCAUUCAUGUUCAAGUUAGACCUGACGUUAGUGAUCAAAAAAUUAUCAAUCAGGUAACAGCUAUAUUCAAAGAUAUUGGAUUCAGUAACUUUACCGUACAAGUAGAAAAAGAAGAAUAUUUACAUCAUAUCACCGGACUCAGUAAUAGUUACCAAAAUGUUUUAGUUUCAAAUACUAUUCAACGUUUAAAUUCUGUAACAGUUAUAAAAGCUGUAUGAUUACAGCUAUAGAUAAUUUAUUUUUAUAUUAUUACUUUGUGUAUCUCCAAAUGUGUACAAAAAAAUUGACUGAUCUAAAUUCCCAGUCUUGUGUUUAUCAUAUCUAACUAUGAACACUUCAAAGACCAUCUUUCUCAGAAAUUUUUAUGUUAAAUCCACGACUUUAGAUGGGACAAAAUUUCCGUACUUCAUGAACUAGUGAACAAUAUGACACAAGUCUUGUUGCUGCUGACAUGCUGUAACCAGUGUUAAGAAAUUUAAAAAGGACCAGUUGAGACAUUUGGGAUGAAGUUGGUUAUUAAAUACCAUCCAAAGUAGGUUUUUUUUUAGACUGUGCCAGCUUCACUUAAAACAGUUUAUCAGCAUGUAUUCAGGUAGAGUAUUAUGGUCUUUGUAUUAAUUGAUUAGACCAAAAAAACUGGUAUAUGUUAUGUGUAACUGUAAAGAUAUCUUACAGUUUUGAAAGUGCAAUAUUUUGUCAUGCCUCAGUGAAUGAUAACUGUUCAACAAGCCUCUUGAUGUGUAUGAAGGUUCUGUGGUUGGUUAUAUAAAAAUAAAGGUAUGAAAAUGUAA